AUGGCUAUGAGUUGGAAAGCGUUGAUGAAGCUGGGUGACUGGAUUUUCCUCGUCUCUUCUGUUUUGAGUGUCUCCUGCCCAGUAUUCUCCCAAGGUCUUCAUUUUGGAAUUGACGCUCAAGAUUUGGGGUGGUUUAGUGAAGCUUCCUGA